AUGUCUCUGGGAAUACUUACGUCCAAGCUUCAGGCGUUAAAAACGCUGAAGGAUCACGAAUACGUCCAGCGACUCAAACAGCUCGACUACAUCCAGAGUAUCCAAGAUGUGACUAAGAAAAUUGUUCCGGACUUAAGUGGCACGGAGGAAGGGGACUACUCGCACGUGCAGACCCGUAAAUCUCGCGCACAGUUGAUCAGGCUUAGCGCUGCUGUUUGUGGAAUAGAGUUGUGUUACGCGGCCGAGACUGCAUUUGUUAGUCCAAUACUUCUCAAACUCGGUGUACCCGUUGCCUUUAUGACUUUGGUAUGGUGCUUGAGCCCGCUGCUCGGGUUUUUCCUUGUUCCAAUUAUGGGCUCACUAAGUGAUCGAUGCCCACUCAAACUUGGCCGUCGCCGUCCGUUUAUUGUGAUAUUCUCCACGGGAAUUAUAAUCGGUCUCAUUUUGGUUCCCAACGGCGAUACACUCGGCACGCUUGCCGGUGAUUCUGGGCUUAAGGACAACGUUAACGUUUCCCAGUUUGUUGACGCCACAUUCGUCCGUAAAAUUAACUCGACCAAUGAUCUCCUUAUGUUCAACAACGGCACAUCCGUUAUAGUGCGGUCAAAUUUCAGCCCGCAAUGGCCUUCGCCAGACACGCUGCCACCGAGGCACCUAUUCGGAAUACUUCUAACAAUUCUUGGUGUUGCGUUAUUAGAUUUUAACUGCGACGCAUGUCAGUCGCCUUGCAGGACGUAUCUGUUGGACAUAAGCGUACCGGAAGACCAUUCGAGGGGCCUGACGUCAUUCACCGUCAUGGCUGGCCUUGGCGGAAGUUUCGGGUACCUGAUGGGUGGGAUAGACUGGGAGGCCACGAGCUUCGGUGCGGCAUUGGGGGGUCACGUGCGUGUAGUGUUCACGGGAGUCCUGGUGAUGUUCAUUGUGUGUGUCAUUCUGACAUUGACAAGCUUUAAAGAGAUUCCGUUGAAGGAACUUGGUGAUGCCAAAGAGCAAGUUCAGAAACGCGUGAAGACGGUUAAAAAGGCGAAAUAUAGGAAGUUUGUGAACGAAAGUUCCGAGGAAGAAACCGACGUGAAUGAAACUAAAGAAAGCGUAGUGUCGUAUGGAACGUUGGGUGAGUAUGGAGCGACUAGUGGUCCGAACGCUCACGAUAUCAAUGGUAUUAAACCUGAUUCCAAUAAAGCCAGUACGGAUGACGUCCACACAAAGGUCGAUUCAAAUACGAAAAAUGAGACAAUGAUGAUGCAUGAGAUGAACAUGAUGCAGAAACAGUCUUCGAUUAACGUUGAAAGCCUACUGAAAGAAGUGUCACUGAAGACUUACCUGCGAUCGAUUAUCAGACUACCAAGGUCAAUGGUAAUCCUCUGCAUCACAAAUCUCUUCUGUUGGAUGUCUCUCGUCUGCUACUCGCUCUACUUCACCGACUUCGUGGGGCAGUCGGUAUUUCACGGAAACCCCCGAGCGCCUAAGGGAAGUCCCGAACAUGAGCUCUACGACGAAGGUGUCAGACUGGGCUCAUUCGGAAUGUCUCUGUACUCACUGUCGUGCGCUAUCUACUCAAUGACUGUGGAAUAUCUUGUGGACAGAUUUACUGCGAGGCCAGUCUAUGUUUGCGGCCAGUUGGUCUACACGAUUGGCAUGGUUAUUCUGGCUGCGACGCGCCAUCCCGCGGCUGUCAUCCUGCUGUCCCCGUGCGCGGGGAUCAUGUACGCCACCCUGUUCACUAUGCCGUACCUGCUGGUCGCCCGCUACCAUACUAGCGGACAGUUCGGAGAGUCCCCGGGGACAGAGGCGGUCCGCGGACUGGGCACUGACGUGGCGCUCGUGAGCAGCAUGGUGUUCCUGGCGCAAUUCCUGCUCUCGCUCAUCAUGGGCGCUCUCGUGCACGUGGCGGGCAGUACCGUCACCAUAGUAAUCGCCGCCGCCGUCCUUAGCUUCUGUGGCGCCGCGUGCGCCACGCAGGUCACGUACCUCGACCUUUGAAAUAUGACGUCAAAUAUUGUGUUGUUUGUUG